AAACUAGUAUAUCGAGAAGCAGUUAUGAAAUGAAUCUAGUAUACCUCAUAUCGAGAAGCAUUUAUGAAAUUUAUCAAUUGUUUAAUGUGAGCAGACGAGUGAUUUUGACGAGUGCUGCCUAUGUUCAUCUGAAGCAAGCUGAUCUAUCCAAGCAUAUCAGAAAUCUCUCUCCUGCCAGUCGAGCCAUUUUGCUCUCAGGACCAGCAGAACUUUAUCAGCAAAUGCUUGCCAAGGCUUUGGCCCACUACUUUGAGUCGAAACUGCUGCUACUUGAUGUUACUGACUUUUCCUUAAAGAUGCAGAGCAAGUAUGGCAGUGGAUCAGUAUCUUCUUUUAAACGCUCUAUUUCUGAGACAACUUUGGAACGAAUGUCAAGCUUGCUUGGAUCUUUCUCAAUUCUUCCCCAACGUGAGGAACCCAAAGCUGCAGGCACAUUACGAAGAAUAAGCAGUGGUUCGGAGAUGCAGUUGAGGGCAUUAGAAGCUGUUAAUACUGCCCCAAAAAUUCGCAGAAAUUCUUCAGCUGCUGCUAAUAUCAGUAGCCUUGCUUACCAACGCUUUCCUGCUAAUCCGGCCCCUCUGAAGCGCACCACCAGUUGGGCAUUUGAUGAGAAACUUCUCAUUCAGUCACUUUACAAGGUUAUAGUUUAUGUUUCAAGAAGCACUCCCAUUGUUCUCUAUAUCAGGGACGUCGAGAGGCUUCUGUUUCGAUCACAAAGGAUCUACACCUUGUUCCAGAAAAUGUUAAAGAAGCUUUCAGGACCGGUAUUGAUUCUUGGCUCAAGGAUGCUGGAUUCGGAGACUGAUUACAAUGAAGUGGAUGAGGAGCUUUCUUUGCUAUUUCCUUACAACAUUGAGAUUAAGCCACCAGAAGAUGAGACACAUCUGGUUAGCUGGAAAACCCAACUGGAAGAAGACAUGAAAAUGAUCCAGGUUCAGGAUAACAGAAACCACAUCACGGAGGUACUAGCAGCGAAUGAUAUUGACUGUGAUGAUUUAGGUUCUAUCUGUCUCGCAGAUACUAUAAGUCUUAGUAGAUACAUUGAGGAAAUUGUUGUAUCGGCUGUUUCUUAUCACCUGAUGAAUAAUAAAGAUCCAGAAUACAGAAAUGGGAGGCUAGUUAUUUCAUCAAAGAGUUUGUCCUGUGGAUUGAGUAUUUUCCAGGAGGCGAAGCUUGAUGGCAAAGACACGUUGAAGCUUGAAGCAAAUCCUGAUGCUUCAAAGGAGCGUCAAGAGGAAGUUACCACUGCAGGUGUGAAGCCAGAGAAGUAAAGUGAGGCUUCAGAAUCUAAGAACAAACCUGAGACAGGGAAAUCUAUUCCAGUUGAGAAGAAGGAAGGUGGGAGUAUGCCGACCCCAUCAAAAGCCCCAGAGAUUGCUCCAGAUACUGAGUUUGAGAAACGUAUAAGGCCUGAAGUCAUACCUGCAAGCGAAAUCGGAGUAUCAUUUGCUGACAUAGGAGCCUUGGGCGAAAUCAAAGAGUCCCUGCAAGAGUUGGUCAUGCUUCCCCUUCGAAGGCCGGACCUCUUUAAAGGUGGGCUCUUAAAGCCCUGUAGAGGCAUACUAUUGUUUGGGCCACCUGGGACUGGUAAAACUAUGCUCGCCAAAGCCAUUGCCAAUGAAGCUGGAGCCAGCUUCAUCAAUGUCUCCAUGUCCACAAUUACUUCGAAAUGGUUUGGUGAAGAUGAGAAAAAUGUUAGGGCCUUGUUCACACUGGCUGGAAAGGUCUCUCUAACAAUCAUAUUCGUAGAUGAGGUUGACAGUAUGCUUGGCCAGCGGUCACGAGCUGGAGAGCAUGAGGCCAUGAGGAAGAUUAAGAAUGAGUUCAUGACACAUUGGGAUGGGCUCUUGACAAAGCCUGGUGAACGGAUUCUUGUUUUGGCUGCUACUAAUAGGCCGUUUGACCUUGAUGAAGCUAUUAUCAGAAGAUUUGAACGCAGAAUUAUGGUUGGCCUGCCUUCUGCAGAGAACAGAGAACUAAUCUUGAGAACUCUUUUGUCGAGAGAGAAGGUUGAAGAAGGACUAGACUACAAAGAGCUAGCCUCCAUGACUGAAGGAUACAGUGGAAGCGAUUUAAAGAAUCUGUGUACAAUCGCGUCCUAUCGUCCUGUUAGAGAACUGCUACAAAGAGAGAGGGAAAAGGAAAAGGACAAGAACAAAAUCAAGGAAGGAGAAAAGAGCCCGCUGAAGUAUUCAAAGAUUGUGGAAGGGCACAGGAAUGGGGAACCAGAAAUUACACUUCGCCCAUUAAACAUGGAGGACAUGAGGCAGGCCAAGAACCAGGUGCUGAGCUUUGCAGCUGAGGGAUCGGUAAUGACUGAGCUACAACAAUGGAAUGAAUUGUAUGGUGAGGGAGGCUCAAGGAAGAAGCAGCAGUUGUCCUACUUCCUUUAAUGAGGAGUGAAUUCCAAAUCAAAGUGAGGAAAUGGACAACUCCAUUCGGGUAAUGGCCAAUCCUCCUCUCUUCUCUUUUCUUGGCUUGGAAAAUAAUGGAGACGACUUUGCAGGAUUCAGUGCUUUUGAAAGACCCCUCUAAACCUUGAUUAUAUGAAGACUAAGCAAAACAAGAAGUCCAGCUUCCAGAUUUAUUGGCACGUUGGAGUGUAAUUUUAAAUUUCACCUUAUCAUCAGUUUAUCAGUUUCUUUCGAACCAGUUUCUUCGGUGUUUCCACGUGUGUGGCUUCCUCUAUGAUAGCUUAGGUGGUUGUAUUGGAGAGGAGAAUUAUGUUAUAUGGCUGCUACUUGCGAAAUGUAACAAUAAUACUUUUGUAUGGUGUUUGAGAAAAUAGAUGCGGAUUACUAUUUC